UUCCGGUUCUGAUCUUUUCCCGUGAAGGCAAAGGGCUUCGCGGCGAUAUUGAAAAUAUCUGCAAGCUGACAUGCCACGUCGCGGCCUCCGGUUUGUUUUCUGGUGGCGUUUACCCCAGUUUUAACCGAUAAUCAGUACUCGUCGAGUUAACAGUGAGUGAGUGGAUCGUGCCCAGCAGAGCAACAGUGUUAGUAGAGUCAAAAUGGCGUCUGCCUGGCCGCUCCACUGUCGUCUAAUCCAUCUGUGAUUAGCCUGACACCGAGAUUCAGCAACUUGUGACUCUUUUCUAGUACUUCGGUUUUUCACAGACAGAGUCGGGGCACAUUUUAACGACAUGUCGGACUCGGAGGACGACAGCCAGGACAGGCAGCUUAAAAUUGUAGUGAUUGGAGACGGUGCGUGUGGGAAGACAUCACUCGCCACCAGGUUUGCGCAGGAGGCCUUUGGGAAGCAGUACAAACAAACCAUCGGCCUGGAUUUCUUUCUGAAGAGAAUAAGCCUUCCAGGCAAUUUGAACGUGACCCUGCAGGUGUGGGACAUUGGAGGUCAAACGUUAGGAGGGAAAAUGCUGGACAAAUAUGUAUACGGAGCUCAUGGGGUUCUCCUGGUCUACGAUAUUACCAACCACCAGAGCUUUGAGAAUCUGGAGGAUUGGUUCAGCAUGGUGAAGAAGGCCAACGAGGAAUCUGAUAUCCAGCCUGUUGUCUCCUUGAUUGGAAACAAAGUCGACCUGGAGCACAUGAGGACAGUGAAGGCUGACAAACACCAGCGUUUCUGCCAAGAGAAUGGCCUCAUCAGUCAGUUUGUAUCGGCCAAGACAGGGGACUCGGUGUACCUUUGUUUCCAGAGAGUGGCUGCUGAGAUUCUUGGUGUAAAGCUAAACAAAGCAGAAAUAGAGCAGUCCCAGCGUGUGGUGAAAGCAGACAUCGUGAACUACAGUCAGGACACCGUGGCCAGGACAGUCAACCCCCCUCGCAGCUCCAUGUGUGUGGUGCAGUGACCCCGUCCAACACACACACACACACACACACACACACACACACAAACACAAACACACACACUUAAAAAUGUAAAAUUGUCUUCAGUCAGUAUUUCUCUUUCAGGAUUUUUGGGGUGACUGGAUGAAAUGUGUUCAGGGUGUGUUCUCUGUAUUCCUGUGUGUCAGUUGUAUGGGUGAGAUGAAGAACAGACUGCGUGGUUUCGAGGCCUUGGCCUGUAGUUUGGAUAUUUAGCAGGAGCGAUUUUUUUGGGCGGUUCACCAAAAAAGCAAACGGGACCUCCACUUUUUCAAGUUUACACGCAGCUAUCAUUUUAUUUCUAUGAUUCAUCUUAAAUAAAUAUAUUUGAGCGAUUGCUUGAUUUAUGUGUUAGAAUGACGCUGGUUGUUUGAAGGAGAAAGACAACUGCUGUAAUCAAUCACUUUGGUCAUUUCAGAUAUUUUUAUAUAUAAGUACAGUAUAUUUUCCUCUGCCAUUGCUGUUAGGUAGGUUUGUUUCAAUGAUUAGAUAAGCUCCAGUAUAUUUCUGAAGAUAACACCAUCAACACCUGUCCAAUCUCUGUCCCUACAACUGCAAAGUGGAUCAGUGUAAGAGUUAAUGGGACAUAAACAGGGAGGUGAACCCAAACGCUCUCUCAUAUGUUUGUUUGUGAUAUUCUUUCAUGUCUGUGGUGCUCCUCAGUUAAACAGGAGGGAAAUAGGCAUUAAAAUGCUGUAGUAAAAUGAAUCUGUUUUCAAUUUGCCAAUUAGAGGCUCACACUAGCAGUGCUGUGAUGUGAACUGUGUACUGUUUUUUUCCAUAGAAAUAUUUCAAUUUUGCAAUCUUAAAUCAGGAUUUGCAUUUUAUAUUCUUUGUUCUUCAGAUUAUAUUCAAAUAGCAUCUCCGUUCUCCACACGUUUCUUCUUCUACAGUCUUCAUUUGCAUUUUGAUCAUUUAGCUUUACAUUUUCACAUCAUGUGACAUUCCUGGGUUCGUCCUGUUAGAGGACAGUUCAGAUGCCGGGUUGAUAAAGUGUUGAUCGAUGAAUAUGACUCAGGAAGGAAGUAGCUGAGAGUCAAGCUGAGUGUGACCUGAAGUGAAUGAUGUACAACAUUUAAGUAGAGGUCUCCACAUAGCCUUAUUCAACUGUCCGUUAUAGAACAGAAGUUUGCAUUGAAGAAUGGCUAUGAGGCAUGAAAUGCUUCAUAGGAUCUUCAUUUUGACCACAUUUUAAGAGCCUGUUUGACAGUGUGUAUUGUUAGAGACAGCCGAGAUACUGUCCGUUUAACCAGUUUUGUUAGACUUGUUUCUACAUGAUAGUACAUGUUGGCAUGAUGGGUUUUAAUGUUGUGUCCACCUACUGAAAUAUCUGCCAUAUGUUCAAAUAUGUGUUUGUACAAUAAAGGCAACCUCCGCUCCAUUUCAAAGCUCCUUUCAUUGAUUAGAAAUGAUCAGAAUGCAUCCUGUAAAUUCUGAUCAUGUAAAGAAAAUGUACGCUUCAAAAAACAAGAAUGUACAGUUUAAAGUGAAUGUUUAGUUGACCUCUUACAGCGACACAGUUUUGUGUUUCUAAAUAAAAAUGCU